AGUUACCUAGCAACUGACUCCACAAGCGAAAACGAAAUAAAUACAGACGUUAUUGAUAUUAUAUUAUAUUAUUAUAUUAUAUUGCUUGUAGUCAAAGUCCCCUCAUAAAAUGGCAAAGUUUGUGCUGGCUGGCAAAACAGACUGCCCAUAUUAUGCCAAAGCAGAACUUUUGGCCGACAGGUUGCAGCAUUCUUUGCCGAAUUUCCGCAUUCACAAGAUCUCAAUCCUCCCAGAUGAAUGGAAGGAUUGGCUAGAAGACACGUGCAUAAGAAAUGGCUGGAAACAUGAAGAGUCCCCGCUAGUGUGGAGAGAACUGGUGCACCAAGGAGGCAAAGGGGUGUUCUUAGGGGGCUUCGAUGACUUUUUAGAGCACUGUCAGAAGUACUACAACAUAACAUCAGACAUGUCUGAAGAAUUGAUGCAGAGUAUUGCAGAAGAAAACCUUGUCACCAAGGUCAACCUUAUUAUGGAGGAGCAGCAUCGCGCCAGUCUCAUCCAACCCCUUCACAUAUGGAUCAGCAGCGCCCUCAACCCAACAUGCAACAUGCUGAUCCCCAGUCUGCUCUCCGCUGAGGUGGUGUCCCAAGCCUCUGCCAUUAGCCUCCAUCUCCUGGAUCUGGAAGGCAACCAGGAGGAACUACAAUCGCUGAAGAUGGAGACUGAAGAUCUGGCUCUGCCUCUGCUUCAUCAGGUGACCAUUCACACAGAUCUGAAGGAAGCUUUCCAGAAAGCUGAGAUCGUCCUCCUGCUGGAUGACCACUUGUCUGAAGUCAAUGAUACGAAGGAUGUGCAGGAACGAAAGAAGAUAAAAGCAAUUGCAGACCUGUACACUGAAUACGGGCAGUUGAUUGAGGCAAGGGCUAGUAGCAAUGUGAAGGUGAUUGUGUCCGGUGGGUCGCUUGUGAACCUCAGAUGCUCAUUUCUACUGAAAGCGUGCUCAAUUGACAGCCGUCACUUUGUUGCCGUUGCAACUCAGUUGGAGAAUGAAGCUAGGGCCGCCAUCGCCAACAAGCUCAAAGUGAGGACUUCAGAGGUGACAGACGUCAUUGUGUGGGGAGAUGUUGGUGACAGCUUCUACAUUGACCUCCAGAGGGCAAAUGUUUUUAAUUACAAUGGACCAAUCAAAGGGCCACCCUUCUUUUCCCAACCAGUACUUGAGAUUGUCUAUGACAGGGAAUGGUUGGAGAGCGACUUCCAAGAUAUGGUGCGUUGUCACCAAGCAGCUGUAGUUUCAAAGACCUGUCACGGAACUCACAUGUCAACUGCCAACGGGAUCCUCACCCUCCUAAAGGCAUGGAAUGGGACAUCCAUUCUCAGUCAGGUGUUCUCUGUGGGGGUCUUGUGUGCAGGCCAUUACGACCUCCCAGGCGAUGUCGUCCUGUCAGUGCCAGUGACUUUCACAGAUGGCCAGUGGUCCGUGGUGUCCGACGUGACUGUUGGAGAUGAUCUGAAGGAGAGACUUGAUCUUUUUGCAAGUGAACUCAGGCAAGUAAAAUGGCCACAAUACCUUUUCUAUGCUUCUUCAAACCUAGCCCCCGACAUCACCCUAAUGUAA